AUGUUGAAUCCGAAGGUUGCCUACAUGGUCUGGAUGACGUGCCUGGGUUUAACGUUGCCCAGCCAGGCGCAGUCUAAUGAUUACCGUCCUUCAUACCACUUCACACCGGACCAGUACUGGAUGAACGAGCCAAACGGCCUGAUUAAGAUCGGAUCCACCUGGCACCUGUUCUUUCAACACAAUCCGACGGCCAAUGUAUGGGGCAACAUAUGCUGGGGGCACGCUACGAGCACCGAUCUGAUGCACUGGGCACACAAACCCACUGCCAUUGCGGAUGAGAACGGAGUCGAAGCGUUUACCGGUACAGCCUAUUAUGAUCCAAACAAUGCCUCUGGCCUUGGGGAUUCGGCAAACCCACCCUACCUGGCCUGGUUCACAGGUUAUACCGUUUCAAGCCAAACACAGGACCAGCGCCUGGCUUUCAGUGUCGAUAACGGGGCGACGUGGACCAAAUUUCAAGGCAACCCCAUCAUAUCAACAAGCCAGGAAGCACCACAUGAUAUAACGGGCGGCCUCGAGAGUCGGGAUCCAAAGGUAUUCUUCCAUCGCCAAUCGGGGAACUGGAUCAUGGUUCUCGCCCAUGGCGGGCAGGACAAGCUGUCUUUCUGGACGUCUGCAGACACCAUAAACUGGACAUGGCAGAGUGACCUGAAGUCCACCUCGAUCAACGGCCUAUCGUCCGAUAUUACAGGGUGGGAAGUCCCCGACAUGUUUGAACUCCCGGUUGAAGGCACUGAGGAGACCACGUGGGUGGUGAUGAUGACGCCGGCUGAAGGAUCCCCUGCCGGUGGUAACGGGGUCUUAGCUAUCACCGGUUCUUUUGACGGGAAAAGUUUUACGGCAGAUCCCGUCGAUGCUUCGACCAUGUGGCUGAACAAUGGGCGUGAUUUCGAUGGCGCUCUGAGCUGGGUGAACGUGCCUGCGUCCGAUGGACGGCGGAUUAUCGCCGCCGUCAUGAAUAGCUACGGUUCCAACCCGCCUACAACCACCUGGAAAGGGAUGCUCUCCUUUCCCCGGACGCUGUCGCUCAAGAAAGUUGGGACGCAGCAGCACUUUGUUCAACAGCCGAUCACAGAGUUGGACACAAUUAGUACCAGUCUGCAAACACUAGAAAACCAGACCAUUACCCCUGGCCAAACAUUGCUAUCAUCGAUUCGGGGAACUGCUCUCGAUGUUCGAGUUGCUUUCUACCCUGAUGCUGGCUCGGUUCUGUCCCUCGCCGUCCGAAAGGGUGCUUCGGAGCAAACAGUCAUUAAGUACACCCAGUCAGAUGCCACAUUGUCGGUUGAUCGAACAGAGAGUGGAGAUACCUCGUAUGACCCGGCCGCAAGUGGCGUCCAUACCGCCAAGUUGGAAGAGGACGACACCGGACUGGUUUCCAUCCGGGUGUUGGUGGAUACGUGUUCUGUAGAGGUUUUUGGCGGACAAGGAGAAGCCGUCAUUUCCGACCUCAUCUUCCCGAGUGACAGUUCUGAUGGCCUGGCCUUGGAGGUAACUGGCGGAAAUGCAGUGCUGCAGUCGGUGGACGUGCGGAGUGUUUCACUUGAAUGA